AUGACGCUUCCGCAAAUUUCAAAAUUCGAAAAACUAAACACCAUAUCCAUAAACGUAUUCACAAUCGAAGGCCGCUCGAUCAUUCCUCUGCGUCUCACCGACAACAAGAUAGAGAAGCACGUCAACCUGUUCUACCUGCCUGAAAACAACGAGGCACAUUUUGUGCUGAUUAAAAACUUGUUUCGACUGGUGAGCUCACAAAUGUGCAAGAGAGAACACAGACAACAUAUUUGGUGUCUACACUACUUUUGGACGAGCGAGAAAUUGUCAGUCCACAGUGCCGACUGCGGAAAGAUGAACGAUUGCGCCGUCAUUCUUCCCAAAGAAGACAACAAGUGGCUGACGUUUCGCAAUUACAACCGAAAGGAGCGGCUCCCGUUUGUAGUGUACGCCGAUCUGGAAUGCACGCUCGAGAAGGAGAGACAGGAUCAUACAACCUACGCCUACCAACAUUACAAGACGUUUAGCGUAGGAUAUUAUGUCGAAAAUGUCGCGAGCUUUGAUGUAAUGUCCGUAACAUCCAAUUCGGCUACCGGUUAUGUGCUGGAAGUCGACCUUGCGUAUCUGAUGAACCUUCACGACGCGCACACUGACUUACCGUUCUGCCCGACGCGUGAUAAGCCACCCGGCAAGCGGGAGGUCAAGUUACUCGCUACGCUGUGCGAUAAGCAGCGAUACGUCAUCCACUACCAAUUGCGGAAACUCGAAGUGAAAUUCGACAAGCCGAUCUACGUGGGUAUGUGUAUCCUCGGCAUAUCCAAAACCUGCUUGUACAAGUUUUACUACAAAUACAUGGCGCCUUUAUACCGCGACAAUUGUAAAAUUAUGUACACCGACACAGACAGUCUGAUAUACUUUCUACAAUGCGAGAACGUAUAUCACGAUAUGAAACGCGAUCUUUCAAAAUUUGAUACGAGCGAUUACUCCGAGGACAACGUUUACGGUAUACCGCGUGCGAACAAGAAGAUACCGGGUCUGAUGAAGGAUGAGAACAACGGCGCGAUCAUGACGAAAUUUGUCGGAUUGAGGGUGAAAAUGUACGCGUUGAGAGUCAACGCCAAAAAGACACCAAAAAGAGAACAAAUAAGGCACGCAUCGGAGGACCUCGCCCUGCUGCAGAAGACGCCGAGAGUCCUCAAGAUACCACCGGAGGGACUGAAGUACGGCCCGGCCAGCCUAACCAGCCCUGCCCGCGGAUAA